UCUUGCCCUGCGCGGCUGCGCCCCUGCUUCUCAAGGCUCUAAGCAAAAGCAGCAGUCGGCUUUGACCUGCAACCCCUGUUCCAUCGCUUCCUCCGUCGAUCUCCCCUCCCGCUCUCGCAAUGGACGGGGCCGAUGACUCCGCCAUGCACAUCGUCAUCUUCCCGUGGCUCGCCUUUGGCCACCUGCUCCCCUGCCUCGAGCUCGCCGAGCGCCUGGCCGCGCGCGGCCACCGCGUGUCGUUCAUCUCCACGCCACGCAACCUCGCCCGCCUUCCGCCGGUGCGCCCCACGCUGGCGCGCCUCGUCGACCUCGUCGCGCUGCCGCUGCCGCGAGUCGACGGCCUCCCGGACGGCGCCGAGGCCACCAGCGACGUGCCCUACGACAAAUUCGAGCUCCACAGGAAGGCCUUCGACGGCCUCGCCGCGCCGUUCGCCGCGUUCCUCGACGCCGCGUGCGCGGCAGUGGAUGGCGGCAGGAGGCCCGACUGGGUCGUCGCCGACUUCAUCCACCACUGGGUGGCCUCCGCUGCCCAGGAACGCAACGUGCCGUGCGCGAUGCUUGUACUUUGCGCUGCAGGCGUCACGGCCUCGGCCGGCCAGCCGGGGGACUCGCACGCGGAGCAACGGCAGGCGAUCUGCGAGUCCAUGAGCGCGGCGCCAGCGUUCGAGGCGCAGCAGGCCGCGGAGCUUUUCGCGGCGGAGGGCGCCUCGGGGCCGUCCAUCAUCAGCAGCUUCGUCCAGACACUGACGAGGUCCAGGUUCGUUGCCGUCCGGAGCUGUCCCGAGCUGGAGCCCGACGCGUUCCCGCUCCUGUCGAGGCUCUACGGCAAGCCGGCCGUCCCUCUCGGCCUGCUCCCGCCGCAACCCGCCGGAACGCGCGGCGUUAGCAGGAACACGGAGAACGACGCGACGAUGCGGUGGCUGGACGCGCAGCCGGCCAAGUCGGUCCUGUACGUCGCGCUGGGUACGGAGGCGCCGCUGCGGGCCGAGCUGCUCCGCGAGCUGGCGCAUGGGCUAGAGCUCGCCGGCACGCGCUUCCUCUGGGCCCUGAGGCCGCCCGCCGGCGCCGAGGAAGACAGCAUCAUACCCGUCGGGUUCGCGGACCGUACCGGCGAGCGCGGGCUCGUGACGACGCGGUGGGUGCCUCAGGUCAGCGUGCUGGCGCACGGCGCCGUGGGCGCGUUCCUGACGCACUGCGGGUGGGGCUCCGUCGUCGAGGGGCUCCAGUUCGGGCACCCGCUGGUCAUGCUGCCCAUCUUCGGCGACCAGGGCCCGAACGCGCGGCUCAUGGAGGGGCGGCAGGUCGGAGCGCUGGUGCCGAGGAACGAGAAGGACGGGUCGUUCGACCGGGCCGGCGUCGCCGGAGCGGUUCGCGCCGUCGCGGUGGGGGAGGAGGGGAGGGCGUUCGCGACCAACGCGAGGAAGCUGCAGGAGGUCGUGGCGGACAGGGCGUGCCACGAGAGGUGCAUCGACGGGUUUAUUCAGCACUUGAGAUCCUGCUGCAACGAAUAAAGAGAAUUUUUUUUUGCGCUAUGUGUCAGUGACGUGGCGUCACAACUCUCGAGUUUCAUGCAGCAACUGGACUUGUUUUUCAUGUUAAAUCCUGUCCAAAUUAUCGUCGAUUCAAUUGUUCAGGCCAAGGUGUUGCUCCACACGUACUGCAACACAAUCUCGUCUAACAAAUCCGAUAGCGUGUGA